AUGACAAUACACACGCUCCAGAGCAUUGGGGAGCUCAAGAAGAAGCCAAGAAAGCCUACUAGAGGCAGGCGUCUAGGCGACUUGAUCGCAGCGAAGCCCGCACUGCCUGCCAAGAAGUCUAAGGCAGGAGAGCGAAGCAGAGAGUCAGCGCCAGUUCCCGCUACACGUCCAGAACGCAUUGAGGAUGAUGAUGACGAUGACUUCGACGACAACGACGACGACGGUACCGGAGCGUACAAGCCAACUCCCCCCGGUGAAGAUAGUGAUAGCGACGCAAGCGGCCACAUGUCGGUUGACCCGGAGGAGCAGCAGGUGGAAGAGGAAGUCGCAGCGGACGGCACUCUGGUGGUCAAGAAAUGUGCGGAGAAAGACUAUACCAAGAUCGAAAAAGAGGUGGUAGGAUCUGCGGAGUUUGCAGAAACGGGCAAAUACAAUACCGCACGAUUCCUGGCCUUGACCGCGGAACAGGAAGCUAACGGAGAAGCCGAGAAGGACAGGAACGACAUCCCCACGAUCGACUGCGACGUUCAAGACGAUGAUGACGACAUCGAUGCACACUUCGCGCUCCCUCAGCCCGCCCACAUGACGAAGGAACAGUUUUUAGCAUCUCUGCGAGCGCCUGGCUACUAUUACCAAGAAGGCACGCACCUUUACGAACCAGAGUAUACCAUCACAACAUAUUCCGACCCGGUGAUGAAUUCAAAAGGAAAGAUACAGUGGGUUAACAGGACGAAGAAGACGAUGAGAGUCUUCGACGACGGUUCCGUGCCAUUACGCAGAAUCGGUGAGGCGCAAGAUCUCGCUGAACAAUGGUUACGCCCGAACAACAAAGCACAAGAGCUCACCGGUAAAGAGGCGCCAAGGACCAAUGUGAAGAACGAGACAGCAGAAUGA